CCGCGCUGCUCGGGGUCUGCUUAUCCGGGUCCUCAGGCGGCGCAGCCAAUCAGCGCGCCUCAAAGGGCGUGCGCCGGGCGCUGAUUGGUGGGUUCGGACUGCCGAGCCCAGUUUGAAAUCCGUUAACGGCGGCGGCGGCGCUGCUGAGGGCUGUAGCAGUGCAGACAGGACUCCUGGGGACAGUGUGACUGUGAAGAUGUCUAAGCCAGAAUCCCGUUAUUCUUUUGAUGUCCCAAACAUCUGCAUCGAUUUUGCUACUCUGAACGAGGAUGAUGUGCACAAUGCAGACUCCUGGUUUGAUGAAAAAGCCAAUCUGGAGAAUGUCCCUCCUGCAGAAAAUCUGGCAAACGUCUCUCAGUGCAGCCCUGCUUUUUCAAAGCCUGAUGUUAUUCUGUCUUCUGUCCCUUCACAGGAAGUAGCAAUGAGUGGAAGUGAUGGUGAAGCAGAAUGUGCCCAGGGCAACACGGUCCCUCAGAAUAUCGUUGGGUCCCUGGCAACCUGGAGAGCUGCUGCCCCUGCAGAGGCCCCUCAGAGACCAGGCAGGAGACUUGCUGCAAAGCAGGGGAAGACCCAGCAGCGCAAGCAGCCAGGCAGAAUCAAAGCAGAGAGAAUUGCUAAUGCCCUGGAUAAUAAGGAAGAUGUUCCACCCUUGAAGAAAAUGAGACUCCUUAGAGUACCAGAGAAAGCUGGAUGGCCUGUACCUAGGCCUGGGGUGAGUUCUGGUAGCAGAGAGAAGGCAAGAGAAGUAUCCACAAAGAAAGAGCCCCUGCAGGAUCCUGACCUCUCUCCAGGGAGAGGGAAAAGCAAACAGACCAUGCCCUCCACGCCAACAAUGUUGAAGAGGACCAAAGCUUCUAGCAAGCCAAAGAGUACAGAGGAGCAGGAGCUGGAAAAGAUGCAGCAGCUGCAGCAGGAGGUUAUGGAGCUGCGGAAGAAGAACGAGGAGUCUCUGAAAGCAGCUAUUGCUGGAGCAGGACAACCCACAAAGAAACCUGUUGGUCAAGUAACAAAGCCAAUUAAUUUCCACUUCUGCACGGAGGAUAGGAUUAAGCAGAAUGCAGAAAGCCAGCCUGGGAACGAGUACAAGGAGCUGAAUUUUGCAGCAGUCCUGAGGAAGCAUCCCCCUUCUCCGAUGCGAAUGCCAAAGGGACACACUGUCCCCAAACCUUUCAAUCUGUCCCAGGGAAACAAAAGAAAACUUGAAGAAGCCACAACAGAAUAUGUGUCCUUUGCUGAGCAGGUAGAAGCAUUCCAAAAACGCACACCCCCUCGUUACCACUUGAGGAGCAGGAAAUCUGAGGAAGGCUCAGUUUCAAAAAAGCCAGUGAAGGCUCGGCCCACAAACCCCAAAACACCAGUGCUGAGAACAAAGCAGCGCUUGAGACCUGUCACCUGCAAAACUGCUGCAGAGUUAGAAGCAGAGGAAGUAGAGAAAAUUCAACAGUACAAAUUCAAAGCACGAGAAGUCAAUCACAAAAUCUUUGAGGGUGGGCCACUCCUGCCCAAGAAACCCCCUCUGAAGAAGCUCACCCAACCCAUUGGCUUUCAGCUGGAAAUAGAAAAAAGGAUUCAGGAGCGUGAGAAUAAGAAGCAGCAGGAGGAAGAGCGCUUCGAAUUCCAUUCCAGGCCAUGUCCCACAAAAAUCCUGGAGGAUGUUGUGGGUGUUCCAGAGAAGAAAGCACUUCCUGUUACUGUCCCCAAGUCUCCAGCCUUUACCUUGAGAAGCAGGACCCAUGUGACUGGCAGAGAGGAGGAAAAGGAAAAAGAGGAGGUGGCUGUGAUCAAAGCUAAUCCUAUGCCACAUUAUGGAGUGCCCUUCAAACCCAAAAUGCCAGAGCAGAGGCACGUGGAAGUUUGCCCCUUCUCUUUCGAUGCCCGGGACAGAGAGAGACAAAUACAAAAAGAGAAAAGAAUAGAAGAACUACAGAAGGAAGAGGUGCCAAAGUUCAAAGCGCUGCCUCUGCCUUACUUUGACGAAGUUAAACUGCCAGAAAAGAAGGUCAAAAACCUAACUCAGCCUGAACCAUUCCAUCUGCAGGUGGAUGAGCGGGGAGCUGCCAAGCUCCAGAGCUGGAAACAGCAGCUUGAAGAAGACUUGAAAAGGCAGAAGGAGGCAGCAUGUUUUAAAGCUCGUCCCAACACAGUGACACACCAGGAGCCUUUUGUGCCCAAAAAGGAACAUAGGUUACUAUCAGAGAGCCUUUCUGGUUCUGUAGUUCCUGAAAGCUUUGAGCUGGCAACAGAAAGAAGAGCAAAAGAACGGCAAGAAUUUGAAAAGCGAUUGGCAGAAGCAGAAGCCUUAAGGGAGAGGCAUGAGGAGCAGAUCAGGCAGGAACAAGAGGACCGUGAAAAGGAAGAAGUUGCUAAGCUAAGACAAGAAAUGGUUCACAAGGCAAACCCAAUACGCAAAUACCGCAGCCUGGAAGUGAAGUCCAGUCACCAACCACUGACUGUGCCAAAGUCUCCCAACUUCUCAGACAGAUUCCGAUGCUGAUGAACAUCCACGUGACAGCUGCUGGGAGAUCCCAUCCCUCUCCACUCCCUUGGUAGGAGAGAGGGAGCAAUUGUUUUCCCAUGACUGCUCAGUCUGAACUCCUAUGCUUGGUUUCAUUGUUGUACUGAGUAGUUAAACUCCACCUGAGCCCAUGGCAUUUCAGCAGUGCCUCCUGGCCUUGCUGUGUAUCCAGACCCCAUCUUCUCUAGAGACUAAACCAAGUUUUGAUAUUGCAUACAGAUAUUGUGUACCUACUUAAAUAAAAAUUCCUAACCUGCUCGCUGUCUCUGGCUAGUGGGCUGAAGCCCUUUCCUGCAGAAGAGGUUUUGAUAAAGACUGGCCACACAGAUGUGUGCAUCUGGCAGAGCUGUCUUGUGUUUUUACACUAAGUGCUAUUUUCAAAUGUCUGUUUUUUAGCAUUUUAGUCUACAUUUAGCUUGACUUGUGUUAAGUGAGGUUCCUUCAAGCCAGUGUAACACGGGUCUGGCCUUCCUUGUUGCUGUUUAGAUGACCACAAAUAUAAAUCUUGCCCACACUUAAAAGUAGUUCUUUGUGUAUAUUAGAGUAUUAAACCUUCUUGUUGUUUUAUACCUGAAGUCCUGUUUGGGGAACCAUUUCUCUGGCAAGUGACUUGCUGUGAGCUGCUGCCCCAGCUUCUGCCAGUGCAGGUCUCUUGGCUACAGAGCCAUCAGCAUCUCUGGCUAGUUUGGGCAGCAAGCAGAGCUAAACAUAGCUCAAGUCCUCAAAUGUGCUGGAGGACAAAACUGCUGGCAUUAUGAAGAGUGGACACAUCUAGAUUAAAGUUUUAACAAUUAUUUCUUA